AUGGGGGAAGAUGACCCCGUAGGAGACAGAGGGGGUGGUGCUCCAGUGGGCCCUGGUGAGGUGGUGGAGAGUGCAGAGGAGGUGUGCAAGUUUCCAAGGCAGCAGCUGAGCUGGUGGCAGGCUCAAGAGUCCUGUGAGCAGAGGUUUGGCCACCUGGCACUGGCGCCCCCAGCUGGGGUCCUUGCUCCAAGGCUGCCCAGCCCCAUUUGGGUGGGCCAGAAAGAGGCCCCUCUUCGGAGACCCCCGAAAAGGCGCGCGCUCACCACGGCCGCGCUGGCGUCCCGGGAGCGGACGGCGGACACCGCGCGGCUGCGGACGCCCCGGCCCGCGCUGGGGGCGCCGACCGCGUGCGCGCACCCGCAGGGGGACGCCGGCUCGCCCCACGCCGCGGCGCUCCGCUCCCUCGCCGCGCCCGCACUGCCCAACGCGCUGCAGCUGCGCGCCCUCGCCGAGCUGGUGCUGCGCGGCCACCACGCGCCCUUCCUGGCCGCCUCCCGCGCCGACGGCCGCUGGCACCGCGCGUGCGCCACGUGGGAGCAGCGCGGCGGGCGCUGGGCGCUGUAGGCUGGCGGGCGGCCGGGCGGCGUCCUCGUGCGGGGCCAGGAUCAGGACUCGCUGGGGGGCGGCUUCUGGGCGCGCGAUGCCUUCGGCGGGAACCUCACCGACUUCCACCUGUGGGCUCGGGCGCUGAGCCCCGCGCAGCUGCAACAGGCCCGGGCCUGCUCUUCCGCGGGGACCCGGGCGCCCUGGACCGCACGGCCUCGAGGCUGCCGCCCCUGCCGAGCGCCUUCGGUGCGCCUGCUCGGUCCGGUGCCCUCAGAGGAGUGCCCUAUGUGGAACCCAGGAUCCCGUACCGAAGGCUCUUGGCUCGGCCUUCAACCCCAGCCCUUCCUCUGCUGCUACCGGACAGAGACUUAUCAGCGGCUGCAGGACUCCCAGUCAUGGCCUGGCCAGGAUGUUAUCAGCCGAGUCAAUACCUUGGCCAAUACCAUUGGGCUCCUCCCUGACCCUCUCUCUGAAGUCUAUGGAGACCUGUUGCUGGCCGAGGCCUGCAACUUCCUGGGUAUCCUGGAGAGAGUACUGGCAAAGGAAGCAGCUCCACUGGGCCCCGCUGCACUGCUGGCUGUCGUACACUUCCUGAAGAGGGUGACAGUCCUCGGGGCAGGGGAGCCAGAACCCUUAACAGGGCCUUGGGAGCAGCUAGGCCAGGGCAUCGUGUCUGUGGCCAGCUUGGUCCUGGAGGAGCAGCUGGCUGAUGCAUGGCUCUCAGUCAGUGAGGUGGUUGGCAGACCCAUGGCCCUGGUGGCAAGUGUCCAGCGCCUGGCACCCCUGCUGAGCACCGUGCUGACCUCCGAGCGACCCCGAUGGCACAUCCAGCACUGCCGUGUGGGUCUGGUGGUGCAGAGUCUACACCUGACAGAGGCCAGCACAGAGAGCUGUGUGUUCACGAUGCCCUGUGGGCACCCAGAGGAACCCGGCCACAUCCGUAUCCCUGCAAGUGAAGUAAAGCAGCUCCUUGGGAAAGGCCUCUCUGGAGUCACCAUGAUCCACAGCUGGUUCAGCUCAAGCAUCUUCCAGCACACUCUCGGGGAGCCUGGCCUAGAGCCCCAAGCCCCUGACAUCUCAGAAGAGGCAAACAAGAUGCAGAGGUUUCUAGGCACCCAGGUGGGCUCAGCCAUCAUCUCCUCUGAGGUGUGGGAUGAAACUGGGGAGGUCAGCACAGCUGUGACCUUUCAUCUGCAGCACCAGGCCCAGGAGCCCUUCUGUUCUCUACCCUUCCCCAGCCCAGACACAGGAGGCUCGUGGGCCACUACUGGCUGCUCUGUGGCCACCCUCUACCAGGACUCUACCACCUGCUUCUGCAACCACAGCACCAACUUCGCUGUCCUGUUGCAGGUGUAUGACGUCCAGAGGAGCGCUGAGGAGGAGUCACUGCUGAGGACGCUCUCGUUUGUGGGCUGCGGUGUGUCCUUCUGUGCCCUUGCCACUACCUUCUUGUUCUUCCUGGCAGCCCGGGUCCCCAAGUCAGAGCGAGCCACGGUCCACGAGAACCUCACCUUCUCCCUGGCCUCUGCUGAGGGCUUCCUCAUGGCCAGUGAGUGGGCAAAGGCCAACGAGGUGACCUGUGUGGCCGUCACAGCUAUCAUGCACCUUCUCUUUUUGGUUGCCUUCUCCUGGAUGUUGGUGGAGGGCCUACUGCUAUGGAGCAAAGUGGUGGCUGUAAGCAUGCGCCCAGGCCCCAGGAUGACACUGUUCUAAGCCACAGGCUGAGGUGCACCUGUGGCCAUUGUGGCCACCACCGUGGCUGUGUCCCCCCAUGACUAUGUGGCUACUGGGCACUGCUGGCUCAAUGUGCACACGGACACCAUCUGGGCCUUUGUGGGGCCUGUGCUCUUCGUGCUGACAGCCAACACGUGUAUCCUGGUCCGUGUGGUGAUGGUCACUGUGUCCAGUGCCCGCCGGCAUGCCCGCAUGCUGAGCCCACAGCCCUGUCUGCAGGAGCAGAUCAGGAUCCAGACAUGGGCCACAGUGAAGCCACUGCUGGUCCUGCUGCCCGUCCUGGGCCUGAGCUGGCUGGUCGGCAUGCUGGUGCACCGCAGCCCAACCUGGGCGUAUGCUGCCGUGAGCCUCAAUUCCUUCCAGGGGCCAUACAUCUUCCUGGUCUAUGCUGCCUACAACUGGGAGGUCCGGGGUGCAUUGCAGAGGAUGACUGAGAAAAAGGCAACAGAGGCAUUCACUGUGGGUGAGGGCAGGUCCCUGGGUCCCUGGGAGGUGGCUCUGGAUGACCCUGUAGCCUUGGCUCCAGCUCGAAGACACUUGGCUGUUAGAGGGACUCACGGCCCCAGAGUCCCCACAGCCUUCUCCUCUGUUGCAGAACCCGAGAGACCGGCUGUGGAGCUGACAGCAUUCAAGGCAUCAGGCCCAGCCUCCCGGGUGUACCCCUCUCGGCGCCCCUAUCCUGAUGCCUUGCGGGCCGCAAGGACUUCCAAACCUGAGCCUAGGCGCCCCCUUCUGCAGAGUAGGCAGGAGUCGCCCCCUACAGGCCAGCGCGCGGUGGACCUUCCGCGGGGCCCGACGGCGCCCCCGCCCCCGCCCCCGCCCCGCCGCGCGGGUGGGAACAGGAGCGGCGGCGGCGCCUCCGCGCUCAAGUGA